UCAGGGCGAAGGUGAGGAGAUAAUUUUUCGCGGUAGAUCAGACUGACCUUUUUGAAAGGAACAUUUACGGAACGCAGAGGCACAUGAAGAGUUUCAAUUGUGAUUUUGCGAACGAGGAUAGGACGGUUCCUAUGGCGAACAGCGGCCACGGGGUCGCCGUUAACGGUGUAGGAGCUCCUGGUUCAGGCACUUUGUCGAGGGAAGAAAGACGCAGGCGAAGAAGGGCCACCCAAAAGUAUCGAACCGCACAUGCCACACGGAAAAAUUGCUGCUUGAAGUGGAUAAUAUUUAUCUCGUUAGAACCGACGUUGCCGCCGGACAAAAAGCUCUCGAAAAUCGAGAUUCUUCGGUUGGCAAUCUGUUAUAUCGCUUACCUGAAUCAUGUACUCCAAGCUUGAACUUGCGUAUUUCAACGACCAGAGAUAGAAGACUUAGAAAACUGUGACGGUUUCAUCAUCAUCAUCAUCAUAAGC